CCUUGACCUUAAGCUGAGUACACCUUUGGUUAUGAAGACGUUGGUACCAUUUAUUACGUUGUUGAACGCAUAAGCUAUGUCCUAUAUUGUAGUUUUACUAAGCUUCGUGUGCGUUUGCAUAUCUCCGUACUCUCUGGCACAGGGACAACUAGGAGUAUCACUCAUUUCUAAUAAAGAAAAAGAAUUAAACAUCAAGCCUAAUGUGACUCUGCAGUUCUAUCUGACCAGCAUACAUCAGAAUGUAGCACAUGUUGUAUUCCAAGCUCACACUCAGUUCAGGAAUAUAACUGUCUCCACCACAGCAGAACCCACAUACAGCACCUCAGUCAAUGGAAGCCAUGUGGGGGUCCUGACCUCUCUACACAAACUACAGGAUAAUGCCACCUGGUAUGUUACAUCAUGGAAUGAUGCUGAUAUACACCUGGUGGUCAUAGCAGUCACUUACUCUAGUACAGAUCCAGUGCCAGGAGGCUGCAAUCAGGAAUUUAACCUUCAAGUGGACCCAAACCUUAAUCUGGCCAAGGUCACUACUGAUUUAACUGUGCUGCAGUAUCCCCAUGCAAAUGUAGCAUACAAUAGAGACCCUAAGCUGGGACCUCCUGUUUGUGAAAGUAUCAAAAAUAAUUUGACUUAUGAGUUGUAUGAGCUAUACAUCACAGAAAGAGAUUUGAGUGAACUUGCCUUUACUCUAGCCAUCAAGAAGAUGCUGACUGUUGGUGAUGUGUUGAAGAAUGGAAGAAAGUUAAUCUCCCUGUCGUCCAGUGACAAAGCCAACCUGAGUAUGGUGACCUACCCAGGUCAGGGGGUGGUGUGGACUGUACUGGUCACCCAGCUGGUCAAUACAACCAUUCAUCAGGCUGUAUAUGUCCCCAUGGCUUCGUAUGCCUGCAACUUUGAAAGCAAUGAGAAUGGAUGCAAUAAUAUAGACACUGCCUGGACUUGGAUUGCUGCAUCAUUUUCUGCUGUUGUUGGAAUUUUUAUUUGCUUUUUGGGACACAGACACUUUAAAACAGAACUGUUCAUAUUUGGAGGAUUGACCUUUACUUUGAUAUUUUUCAUUGUCUUUAGCAUCGCCACAGAUAUUAGUGGAAUGGAUCUAGCCAUAGCGACUGCCCUGUUUGCACUGCUGGGUGCAGUGUUAUGGCUGACAUUCUGGUGGUACUGUGGACUAGCUGUGUUCUCGGUUCUUUUGGUGGCAUUGCUCUUUGGAUAUUUAGUAGCAAGCACACUGUUCUUCACGCCAUUUGGUAAUAUUCCAUGGUGGAGAAGUAAUCUCAACUAUGGCAUGACCUUUGCAUGUGCUGUUCUUAUUUUACCAGUUAUCUUCCUCUACUGGACAAAAACUCUGAACAUCAUAUCUUGUGCAGUUGUUGGUUCCUAUGGUUUUGUUGCUGGGGUCAGUAUGGCAGCACAUGGCAGUCUGGCCUAUAUUGUGGUGAACUCUGUUAAGAGUGCAGUGGUCCAUGACUUCAUCAAGGCAAUUCCUACUACUCCUUUCCAGUAUUCUGAUAUAAUUCUGUGUGCUGUGUGGGGUAUACUAGCAAUAGUUGGUCUAUGCAUUCAGUUGUACACAGAGAGACAUCAGCCAGAUUUCCCACCUUGUCCAUAUAAGAUGCACAAACAAAAGCGAGAGGAGGCUAGGAGGCAACAGCAUUUAAAUACACAGACAGAACGCUCCCCUCUGCUUGAGGAUGCUGUCAACAUUCAAUAUGGUGGCUUGAACUCUCCGUCAUAUGCCAGGGCACCACACCUCAAUGAAAUAACUUAAUUUAACAAAAGCAAGAUUUUAUUUAGCCACGCUGUAUAUAUAUUUUCACUUGUUCAUGAUAGAACAUAUUUACCAUUGAUCUUAAAAAACAUGUUUUUCUGGGCUAUUACAUUGCAAAAUGUAUAAAAUGUGUAUGAUAAAAGAUGUUUUAUGCCAUUUCCAAAAUGUUGAUAAGGACAAAAUCAUUUUAAUUAACAUGAGAUGCUCAGGAGAUAGCAUAGCGACUUUCAGAUAAAAUUCUUAACUGUGAUAUAUUGUUGAAGUAUUAUUGUACCAUGUCUUCCUAGGCUUUUUUU